AUGAACUCAGUCGAAGUGGACGUACUCGUAUGCGGAGCAGGAAUGUCCGGGUUAGCCUGCGCUGCCUUCGCCGCCUCCGCCGGUGCUCGAGUGCUGGUGGUCGAGAAGCAGGCCACCGUCGGGGGAUCCUCCAACUUCUCCGCCGGCAUGUUCUGGGGACCACGCAACUACGAGAGCCUGCGCGCCUGGGUUCCCGAAGGCGAUCCUGCUUUACAAAAGGCAUGGCUCGCGGACUAUCUUCGCGCAGUGCAGUGGAUGCGUGUGAACGGGGUUCCGACGUCGCAACGGUUCGACGGAAUCAUGACGAUCGGCAUCGGAUUCCCGAUCAACAUCCCGCAUCUCCACCGAUACCACCAACAGCGCAUCCGCGACAGUCCCACUCAGUCCAAGAUCCUGAUCAACACCUCCGUGGUGCAGCUCCUGCAAGAGCACCCCGGCGUGGCAGGGUCCCGCAUUGUUGGAGCGAUCAUUCGCACAACUGGCCCGCGGGACGAUGCACAAUACUGCAGAGUAACAGCGAAGAUCGUUGUUCUGGCAACGGGAGGAUUCCAGGGCUCUGCAGAACUCACGUCUACACACCUGGGUCCCGGAGGAGACACCAUCUUCGUGCGAUCGAACAAAGGGUCCGUGGGCGAUGGUCUUGUCCUGGCGUCAGCGGCAGGUGCAGGCACAAGCCGGGGAAUGGGCACCUACUACGGCCAUCUCCUGGCCGCGCCGUUACGGGCUGAGGAUGUGGACCCGACGGAGUUCCUGGCGCUGGCGCAGUAUCAGAGCAAGUACUGUCUCCUUAUCAACCAGGGCGGACGCAGAUUUGUCGACGAAAGCAUCGGGGACGAGAUUGUCAAUCAAUACCUUGCCAAGCAAGAGGGGAGACGGGGGUUCCUCCUCUUCAACGAGCAAACACGACUCCAGCACUGUGUCUCCGCCCUGUUCCCGAACGCAGGAGAUAUCGAUCGCCUGCAGAAGGCCCGUGAUCACGGGUGCAAUGUCACCAGUGCCAUAUCCAUCGCGGACUUGGUCUCGAAACUAGAGGGAUGGGGCGUGGACGGUAUUCAAGCUAGACGGACACUCGAGAAUUACGACAGUCGCAUCCGACUAGGAAAGCGGGAGGUACCGCUGGAUGCACCCACCGGCACGGCGGGCGCGGCUCCCCGCUCGCUGACCGACGGCGAGGGUCCUUUCUAUGCGAUGGAGGUGCAGCCGUCGAUUACAUUCACAUAUGGAGGCGUCCAGAUCGACACGCGGGGCCGUGCUCUCAGCGCGGAUAGAACAGCGAUCCCCGGCUUGUUGAUCGCUGGUGUCGAUGCAGGAGGUUUCAGUAACCGCGGGUAUGCGGGGGGCCUGGCCCUGGCGUUUGUGACGGGCUUCUGGGCGGCGCGGGAGGUCGCGCGGACACUGGGGCUGUCGGAGCCUGAAUUGCCCGCUGCGGCGGCGGAGGAUACACCUGAUGAGCGGGUCUGGCAGAAGUCCAGUCGGUUGUGA